AUGGCUGCAGAGGAAAACGACAUUGAGAUCAGAGCUCAAUCCAUCAUCGAUAGUCUUUCGUUGGAUCAAGUGAUUGGUCAAAUGACGCAACUCGAUCUAAAUACCAUCAUGACCAAAAAUCGAACUCUUGACGAGGAUCUUGUACGGUUUAACGCUAAGCAUGGUGUCGGCUCAUAUUUCAAUAGCGUGUGGGGCUCACCACUCAAUGGCAAAUACGGCUGGACAGCCGCCGAGUUUCGUGCAAUCAUUACACGAAUUCAAGAGAUCAAUAUGGAGGAAAAUGGCGGCCAUCCGAUCUUGUACGGAAUUGACUCGGGGCACGGUGCAAACUAUGUCGAUGAUGCCAUCCUUUUUCCGCAUCAGAUUAACUCUGGCGCAUGUUUUAACACCGACCUUGUGUAUGAAGUGGCUCGGAUCGCCGCACGUGACUCUUUAUCGGCUGGAAUUUCAAUGUUGUUUGGACCGACUUUAGAUAUCGCCACCUCUGCACUCUGGUCUCGCACAUUCGAAUCGUUUGGGGAAGACCCGUUCUUGGCUUCCGUGAUGGCUGAAGCUACUGUUCGUGGUAUCCAAAGUUACAAUCAAAGUGCGGCUUGUAUGAAGCACUUUAUUGGUUAUUCCAAUGCACACACUGGGAAAAACCGUGACAAUGUCAUCAUGUCAGACUUUGACCUCCUCAAUUACUUUGUUCUUCCAUAUAAAGCUGCAAUUGAUGCCGGCGCGUUGACACUUAUUGAAUCGUACAACUCGAUCAACGGUGAGCCUGUAAUUUCUAGCUCCCGCAUUUUGAACGACCUCUUGCGUACAGAUCUUGGUUUCAAUGGGCUUUUAAUCUCCGAUUGGGGAGAAGUAACUAAUCUUGCCGACUGGCACCGUUCAGUGAAGACGCGCGAAGAGUCUGUAGCCAUGGUUCUGACGAAAACGUCGUUAGACAUGAGCAUGGUGCCGAAUGACUUAAGCUUUAUUAAUCACACACAAGCGUUCAUCGAAAAGUUUCCGGAGUAUGAAGAUCGUCUUCGUCAGUCCGCAAAGCGAGCUGUCGCGACGAAGCUCAAGCUUGGACUCUAUGAAAACCCAGUACCAGGUGCGGAUUAUGUUGAUUUGGUCGGUGGUGAGGACGACAAGAAAGUAGCACUAGAAAUAUCUCGGGAAUCGAUCGUAUUGCUCAAGAACGAGAAUAAUGUUCUACCACUUUCCAAAAAGGCCUCGGUCUUUCUAACAGGACACUCGGCUGACAACAUUGGCUAUCAGUGCGGCGGAUGGACUAAGGCGUGGCAAGGGUACUCGGGCAAUGUAAUGUUCCCGCACGGUAUCUCGCUGCGUCAAGGAUUCGAAAAUUUGGUUGGCAAUGAAUCGUUCCAGUACUUUAAUGGACUCUUUGUAAACGGCACGAUCUCAGAGGAGGACUUGGCAUCUGCUGUCAAUUACGCCAGUGGACACGAGUACACAGUCGUUGCAAUUGGUGAGCGCAGCUAUACUGAAGGCCCUGGCGAAAUUGAAGACCUUACGCUUCCGGCGGGACAGAUUCAGUAUGUUGAAGCUCUUGCAAAGACUGGCACCAAGGUUAUUGUAGUGCUAUUUGAAGGACGUCCACGUCUGCUUGGGUCAAUUCCUAACGUUGCUUCGGCAAUUAUUAAUGGUCUAUUGCCUUGUGAAUUUGGUGGCCAGGCCAUGGCGGAGAUUAUUUACGGUGAUGUGAAUCCAAGCGGCCGACUGCCUAUCACGUACCCGAAAUACCCAGCCAACGUCAACAUUCAUUACAACCGUCUAGUCUCUACGCAAUGCUCUUAUGGAGUUUGCCAACACGAAUUCAACUUUGGUGAUGGACUGAGUUACACAACGUUCAAUUACUCCAAUGUAACGUUAGAUCGAACGGUCAUGUCAAGCGCAUCCGAUGUUGUGACAGCUACUGUGACCGUCACGAACACUGGUGACCGAGCCGGUAAAGAGGUGGUUAUGCUUUUCAUAACUCAGCCAUUCCGCCUCAUUUCAGUACCUGAGGUGAAACAAUUGAAAAAGUUCAACAAAAUCGAGCUGCAGCCUGGGGAGUCCAUGGACGUCUCGUUCGCGCUGACAAUCGAUGAUGUGAGCGUAUACGAUCCGCAGAUCGGCAAGGGUCUCAAGCGAGUUUACGAAGACACUGAUUUUGUUAUCAGCAUUCGUCCCGAGACGUCGUGCGAUGUGUACGGAAACCUUGACCACCCGCAGUGCAUCAUGUUCAGCGUCAACACCAACAGCGGCGCAGUGUCUAAUCCUAUUGAUUCUUUUCCCGGCGAGCAGAUUCUGUAA